AUGAGUUCUGAUACCCGAUUGAGUUUGCAGGACUUCCUACAACCACUCCAUGUCGACCUUGAUAAAAUACACACCCUAUCAAAGGCCUUCUACCACAACUUUAUCCAUCUCGCGGCUGAUGACCUUGCUCAGUUCUUGCCCACGCCCAUCUCCGAAUCCAUUCUGAAACCUGUCAGCAAGAGUGGCCACGGAAGACAUCUUGCUAUUGACAUUGGCGGUUCCAACCUCAGAGUGGGCUUCAUCGAACUGUCGCCAGAGGAGGCUGUCUCGCGCGAGGGGGGUCACGGUCUGACCAAUGGGGCCUCCAAGGGCGUGUCCAACGGCGCGACCCGUGUCGCCCGCCUCAAAGAGCAGUCGUGGCCCAUCGCCGAGCAUCUCAAGAGCAUGAACGAUACCAAAUUAUUCGACUGGAUUGGCGAAUGCAUCGCUGCUGUCGUCACCGAAGGCUGCCGCGCGUGGGCCCUUGCCGCCGACGAGCCGAUCCCUCUGGGCAUCACUUUUAGUUUUCCCAUGGUCCAGCGGUCCCUCAAUGAAGCCUCUAUCAUAGCCAUGGGCAAGGGGUUCGCCAUCCACGGCGAUGUCGAGCUUGGAUCUCUGUUACUGACUGGCUACAACAAGUCCCGACGAGGGCUGCCGCCGAUUCGCAUCGCCGCCAUAGCCAAUGACUCGGUCUCGACGCUCGUCUCCUUCAACUACCUAUACGGCGAGGACGGCCGCAAGAAAGCAGCCAUGGGUCUCAUUGUAGGCACGGGCUGCAACGCAACCAUCCCUCUGAAGCUCGCCGCCCUCCACGAAAGCAAACGACCUGCAAGGAUCAGCCUGCUCCCGGGCGAGGCCCCGGAGCAGGUCCGCAUCGCUGUCAACACGGAGUGGAGUAUCAAGGGCUCUGCACCGCCACUCCAGAAACUCGGCCUCAUAACGAGGUGGGACGAGGCUCUCGAUGCCGCUGGCGAGAUGCCUGGUUUCCAGCCGCUGGAGUACAUGACAGCAGGGCGCUACCUGGGUGAGCUGGGGCGACUCCUGCUGCUAGACUAUCUCGAUAGUCGUCUGGGUGUCGAUAUCUCGGCGUUGCCCAGCGCGUUGUUGACGCGCCAUGGCAUGACGACGACCUUUCUGAGCCACUUCCGACCCCUGGACCCAGAAGUGCUGGUCUCUCGGUUGGAGACUGAGUUCCCAAGCAAGGCGCCUUUCCGAUGGACGACCGACAUGGCCACGGCGCUCUAUCACAUGAGCAAGGCAAUCGAAGUCCGUGCGGCAGGCAUCGUGUCUGCUGCUGUGGUGGCGCUCCUUCGCAUGGCCGGUGAUAUACCAGAGACAGGCGACAGCAGCGGCGCUGAGGAACCCAGGGAGCUGGGUGUCGGGUACACGGGAGGCUGCAUUGCGCAUUUCCAAGAUUACCUGUACGACACACAGCGCUUUCUCGACGAGCUGGUAGAAAGAGAUCUGGGAGACAAACCGCCUGUGCGCAUUGUGCUGAGUCCUUGCCAUGACGGUGGUAUCAAAGGAGCAGGCAUCCUAGCUGCGGCUGCAGAAUCGAGCCUCGACAGGGAAACAUGA